AUCGCGCUAUCCAUGCAAUUAAUUUCUAGACUGAUUCCUGACUUGUUUUUCAGUUUUUCAUACCAAAGCUGUUAUCAAUUAUAGCGCAUUCACUAAUUUAUUUACCAAAUUUUUAAGUGAAAACGCAGCUUUUAAGUCUGUAAAAAUGUCACUUAAGAGGCCAAUAUUCAUGUCCUACAAUCAGCGCCGCAUUGCGCGGUGGUACUUUGGCGGUGUGGCCAGCUCGAUGGCCGCCAUGAUCACUCAUCCACUGGAUCUGAUGAAGGUGCUCAUCCAAACACAAGCGGAGAAGUUGUCGAUGUUUGCGACCGCGAAGAAGAUUAUCAAGGAGCAGGGCAUCCUGGCUAUGUACAACGGUAUUUCCGCCUCCAUGUUGCGGCAGUACACCUACACGUUGUCUCGCUUUGGAAUCUACCAGGUGGGCUCCGACAUGGUGGAUACCAGCACUAUGCCACGGAAGACUGCUCUGGCCGCGGUGGCCGGUGGACUCGGUGGGUAUGUGGGUGCACCAGCAGAUCUGGUCAAUGUUCGCCUCCAGAACGACGUUAAAUUACCCCAGGAUCAGAGGCGCAACUAUAAGCACGCCAUCGACGGGCUAUUCCGAAUCACUCGUGAGGAGGGCUUUCGCAGCCUAUACAAUGGCUCCUCAAUGACCGCCUUGCGCGGCAUGUGGAUGACUGUGGGCCAGAUCGCCUUCUACGAACAGAGCAAAGACGUCCUGUUGAGCCUGGGCAUGCCGGAGAAUUUGGGCACAUACAUGACCGCCUCUGUAGUAUCGGCCACGGCGGCCACGGCAUUGACACAGCCUCUGGAUGUGUUAAAGACGCGUCGCAUGAACGCACCGCCUGGCCAGUACUCAGGAUUAUCGGAUGUGUUUUUCCAGACCUUAAAGGAGGGUCCCUUCGCCUUCUACAAGGGCGUAAUUCCCUCCUUUGCCCGACUUAUGCCGCACACCAUUCUGCUGUUCUUGAGCCUCGAGUUCCUGCGGACUCACUUUGGCUAUCUGCCGGAGCCGAAGAAGACAGGUCCUUAUUAUCGCUACGAAGGUGAUACUGAUGACUGAUCCACUUUGUUUGUAAUGUUUGAAAUUCUCAGUGAUUGUAUGCAGUAUGUCCCGUCUGAUAAAUAAAGUAAUCAGCUUUGUAUAGGUUUAAAA